CUGCUUCCUCUCUUUGGUGUUAUUGACCCUUUCCCAGCGCGGGACGCGAUAGAAGCGAACGAGAGUGCCGGGCCCAAGGUCCUCCGUGUCCUGCUGGGCAGGGACGAUGCACUGACUUGGGCGCUGAGCCCAGGAGGGAACGCAAAAGGCUGCUGUCCCUCCUGUCAGGUUCACCUCACACUGCUGCCCGUCUUCUCCACCCGCGGCCGCCUGGACGACUCCGGACCGACCGCCUGGGGCAGAGGUGGCGGUCUUGGCCGCGUGGCUGUGGAGAGGCCGCGGCCCUCGGGGCGGCGGUAGCGGCGUCAGGGCUGGGGAGGAGGAGGAGGGAAGAUGGCGUCGGAGCUGGAGCCCGAGGUGCAAGCCAUCGACCGGAGUUUGCUGGAUUGUUCGGCUGAGGAAACCGCAGGGAAAUGGCUGCAAGCAACUGACCUCACUAGAGAAGUAUACCAGCAUUUAGCCCACUAUGUACCCAAAAUCUACUGCAGGGGUCCCAACCCUUUUCCACAGAAAGAAGACAUGCUGGCCCAGCAUGUUUUGUUGGGACCGAUGGAAUGGUACCUUUGUGGUGAAGAUCCUGCAUUGGGAUUUCCGAAACUGGAACAAGCAAACAAACCUUCUCAUCUUUGUGGUCGUGUUUUUAAAGUAGGAGAACCUACAUACUCUUGCAGAGACUGUGCAGUUGAUCCAACUUGUGUUUUAUGCAUGGAGUGCUUUUUGGGAAGUAUUCACAGAGACCACCGAUAUAGGAUGACCACAUCAGGAGGUGGAGGUUUCUGUGACUGUGGUGAUACUGAAGCUUGGAAAGAGGGUCCUUACUGUCAAAAACAUGAACUUAACACCUCUGAAAUUGAGGAAGAAGAGGAUCCUCUUGUGCAUUUAUCAGAAGAUGUGAUAGCAAGAACUUACAACAUUUUUGCUCUUAUGUUUCGGUAUGCAGUAGAGAUAUUAACCUGGGAAAAAGAAAAUGAACUGCCAGUAGAUUUAGAGAUACUAGAGAAGAAUGACACCUACUAUUGCAUGCUGUUUAAUGAUGAGGUUCAUACCUAUGAACAAGUUAUUUAUACUCUUCAGAAAGCUGUUAACUGUACACAAAAAGAGGCCAUUGGCUUUGCAACUACAGUAGAUCGAGAUGGACGUAGGUCUGUUCGAUAUGGAGACUUCCAGUAUUGUGAGCAAGCAAAAUCAGUCAUUGUGAGAAAUACCAGUAGACAGACAAAGCCACUCAAAGUUCAAGUUAUGCAUUCAUCUAUUGUCGCACAUCAGAAUUUUGGUUUGAAACUUUUGUCUUGGCUGGGAAGUAUAAUUGGAUAUUCAGAUGGCCUUCGCCGAAUUUUAUGUCAAGUUGGUUUACAGGAAGGGCCAGAUGGUGAAAACUUUUCUCUAGUGGAUAGAUUGAUGCUUAGUGACUCCAAAUUGUGGAAAGGUGCUAGGAGUGUGUAUCAUCAGUUGUUCAUGAGCAGUCUACUUAUGGAUUUAAAAUACAAGAAACAAUUUGCUGUUCGAUUUGCAAGGAAUUACCAGCAGUUGCAGAGAGAUUUUAUGGAGGAUGAUCACGAGCGAGCAGUGUCCGUGACUGCUCUGUCUGUCCAGUUCUUCACUGCCCCUACUCUGGCUCGAAUGCUCAUCACAGAAGAAAACCUGAUGACCAUUAUCAUUAAGACUUUUAUGGAUCAUUUGAGACAUCGAGAUGCCCAGGGCAGAUUUCAGUUUGAACGAUAUACCUCUUUACAAGCCUUCAAGUUUAAGAGAGUUCAGAGCCUUAUUUUAGAUCUCAAGUAUGUGUUAAUUAGCAAACCGACUGAAUGGUCAGAUGAUCUGAGACAGAAGUUCCUAGAAGGAUUUGAUGCCUUUUUGGAAUUACUCAAAUGUAUGCAGGGAAUGGAUCCAAUCACACGUCAAGUAGGACAACAUAUUGAAAUGGAACCAGAGUGGGAAGCAGCCUUCAUGCUACAAAUGAAAUUAACACAUGUCAUUUCAAUGAUGCAGGACUGGUGUGCUUUAGAUGAAAAAGUGUUGAUUGAAGCUUACAAGAAAUGCCUUGCUGUAUUGAUGCAGUGUCAUGGUGGUUUUACUGAUGGUGAACAGCCAAUCACAUUAAGCAUUUGUGGACACUCAGUGGAAACUAUCAGAUACUGUGUUUCCAAAGAAAAAGUUAGCAUUCACCUCCCAGUUUCUCGCUUACUUGCAGGUUUGCAUGUAUUAUUAAGCAAAAGUGAAGUGGCAUAUAAAUUUCCAGAGCACCUACCUCUAAGUGAACUUAGCCCACCCAUGUUGAUAGAACAUCCUCUUAGAUGUCUUGUUUUAUGUGCCCAAGUACAUGCAGGAAUGUGGAGAAGAAAUGGGUUCUCUCUAGUAAACCAGAUCUAUUACUACCAUAAUGUGAAAUGCAGACGUGAAAUGUUUGACAAGGAUAUAGUAAUGCUUCAGACAGGUGUCUCCAUGAUGGAUCCAAAUCAUUUCCUGAUGAUAAUGCUCAGCCGCUUCGAACUCUAUCAGAUUUUCAGUACUCCAGACUAUGGAAAAAGGUUUAGUUCUGAGAUUACCCAUAAGGAUGUAGUUCAGCAAAACAAUACUCUAAUAGAAGAAAUGCUGUACCUCAUUAUAAUGCUUGUUGGAGAGAGGUUUAGUCCUGGAGUUGGACAAGUAAAUGCUACAGAGGAAACUAAGCGAGAGAUUAUCCAUCAGUUGAGCAUCAAACCCAUGGCUCAUAGUGAAUUGGUAAAGUCUUUACCUGAAGAUGAGAACAAGGAGACUGGCAUGGAGAGUGUAAUUGAAGCAGUUGCCCAUUUCAAGAAACCUGGAUUAACAGGACGAGGCAUGUAUGAACUGAAACCAGAGUGUGCCAAAGAGUUCAACUUGUAUUUCUAUCACUUUUCAAGGGCAGAGCAGUCCAAGGCAGAGGAAGCUCAGCGGAAAUCAAAGAGACAAAAUAGAGAAGAUACAGCUCUUCCACCUCCAGUUUUACCUCCAUUCUGCCCUCUGUUUGCAAGUCUGAUUAACAUUUUACAGUCAGAUGUCAUGCUGUGCAUCAUGAGAACAAUACUGCAGUGGGCUGUAGAACAUAAUGGAUAUGCCUGGUCUGAGUCCAUGCUGCAAAGGGUGUUACAUUUAAUUGGAAUGGCACUACAAGAAGAAAAACAGCAUUUAGAGAAUGUCAUGGAAGAGCAUGUAGUAACAUUUACCUUCACUCAGAAGAUAUCAAAACCUGGUGAAGCACCACACAACUCUCCUAGCAUAUUAGCUAUGCUGGAAACACUACAAAAUGCUCCCUACCUAGAAGCCCACAAAGAUAUGAUUAGGUGGAUAUUAAAGACUUUUAAUGCUAUUAAGAAGAUAAGGGAGAGUUCAUCUGCCAGUCCUGUGGCAGAGACAGAAGGAACCGUAAUGGAAGAGAAUUCAAGAGACAAAGACAAAGCUGAGAGGAAGAGAAAAGCCGAGAUUGCCAGGCUGCGCAGAGAAAAGAUCAUGGCCCAGAUGUCUGAGAUGCAGCGGCACUUUAUUGAUGAGAACAAAGAACUCUUUCAGCAGACAUUAGAACUAGAUGCCUCCACCUCUGCUGUUCUUGAAAAUAGCCCUAUGGUUUCAGAUAUGACACUUACAGCAUUGGGCCCAGCACAAACUCAGGUCCCUGAACAGAGACAAUUUGUUACCUGUAUAUUGUGUCAAGAGGAGCAAGAGGUGAAGGUGGAAAGCAGGGCAAUGGUCCUGGCAGCAUUUGUUCAAAGAUCAACUGUAUUAUCAAAAAACAGAAGUAAAUUCAUUCAGGAUCCAGAAAAAUAUGAUCCAUUAUUCAUGCACCCUGAUCUGUCUUGUGGAACACACACUGGUAGCUGUGGACAUGUUAUGCAUGCCCAUUGUUGGCAAAGGUAUUUUGAUUCCGUUCAAGCUAAAGAACAGCGAAGGCAACAGAGAUUACGCUUACAUACAAGCUAUGAUGUAGAAAAUGGAGAAUUCCUUUGUCCCCUUUGUGAAUGCUUGAGUAACACUGUUAUUCCUCUGCUGCUUCCUCCAAGAAAUAUUUUUAACAGCAGGUUAAAUUUUUCAGACCAACCAAGUCUGACUCAGUGGAUUAGAACAAUAUCUCAGCAAAUAAAAGCAUUACAAUUUCUUAGGAAAGAAGAAAGUACUCCUAAUAUUGCCUCUUCAAAGAAUUCAGAAAUUAUGGAUGAAUUGCAGCUCCCUGAAGGGUUUAGGCCUGAUUUUCAUCCUAAGAACCCUUAUUCUGAGAGCAUAAAAGAAAUGCUAAAAACAUUUGGAACUGCCACCUAUAAAGUGGGACUAAAGGUUCAUCCCAAUGAAGAGGAUCCCCGUGUGCCCAUAAUGUGUUGGGGUAGUUGUGCAUACACCAUCCAAAGUAUAGAAAGAAUUUUAAGUGAUGAAGGAAAACCAUUGUUUGGUCCUUUACCUUGCAGACUGGAUGACUGUCUUAGGUCAUUAACAAGAUUUGCCGCAGCACACUGGACAGUGGUAUCACUUCCAGUGGUGCAAGAACACUUCAGUAAACUUUUUGCAUCAUUGGUUCCUGAUGACAACUACAGAGACCUUCCAUGUAUAUUAGAUAUCGACAUGUUUCAUUUAUUGGUGGGACUGGUGCUCGCUUUCCCUGCGUUGCAGUGUCAGGAUUUUUCAGGGAUCAGCCUUGGUGCUGGAGACAUUAACAUUUUCCAUCUGGUCACUAUGGCACACAUCAUACAGAUCUUACUUACCUCCUGUACAGAAGAGAAUGGCAUGGAUCAAGGAAAUCCUGCUGGUGAAGAAGAAUUAGCAGUUCUUGCUUUGUUUAAAUCACUUCACCAGUAUAUGGGAAGUUCCUUGAAAGAAAUGCCCUCUGGCUGGCAUCUGUGGAGGAAUGUCAGAACUGGAAUCAUGCCUUUCCUAAAGUGUUCUGCUUUGUUUUUUCAUUACUUAAAUGGAGUUCCUUCCCCACCUGAAAUUCAAGUUUCGGGAACAAGCCAUUUUGAACAUUUAUGUAACUAUCUUUCCCUGCCAAACAACCUCAUUUGCCUUUUUCAAGAAAAUGGUGAGAUAAUGAAAUUACUGAUUGAAAGUUGGUGUCAUAACAUUGACGUUAAAAGAUAUGCAGAAGGUGAAAGAGAUGCUAUAAGCUAUCCAAGAGAAUCUAACAAAUUAAUAGACCUUCCAGAGGAUUACAGCAGCCUCAUUAAUCAGGCAUCUAAUUUCUCGUGCCCCAAAUCAGGUGGUGAUAAGAGCAGAGCCCCAACUUUAUGUCUUGUGUGUGGAACUCUGUUGUGCUCCCAGAGCUACUGUUGUCAGACUGACCUGGAAGGGGAAGAUGUAGGAGCCUGCACAGCUCACACAUACUCCUGUGGUUCUGGGGUGGGCAUCUUCCUGAGAGUACGGGAAUGUCAGGUGCUCUUUCUAGCCGGCAAAACCAAAGGCUGUUUUUACUCUCCUCCUUACCUUGAUGACUAUGGGGAAACCGACCAGGGACUCAGACGGGGAAAUCCUUUACAUUUGUGCACAGAGCGAUUUCGGAAGAUUCAGAAGCUUUGGCACCAGCACAGCAUCACGGAGGAAAUCGGACACGCACAGGAGGCGAACCAGACCCUGGUGGGCAUUGACUGGCAGCAUUUAUGAUGGUGGCACUAACAAAACUGUACACUUGGAGUUUUGUGACCCAGUUGGCUUUUUAAGAAAGAGAAUAGGAAAUAAGUUCUGCUGAAUUUGGAAAUGAAUUCUUUAGGCGCUUCUUCAGUUUUAUUAUCAUAGUUUCUGGCUCGAGAGACUGAUGAAAAUCAUUUUCUGUCAGCGGACUUUCUUGCACCAUUUGCUGUGUCCCUGAAACAUAACUUCUUGAAUUGUAAGGUCCAGCAAGCAGCUUCUCUUCCUGGGCUGGGUGCUCCAGCUGCUUUGUGGGCAUCUGACUGCAUGCGACAGUUCCCAGUAGUCUGAGCCACGUUACAUUACCGAUCACAGGGAACUCCAGGCCUGAAGCUGAUUCGACUACGGCAGGAAACGGUCUCUGCAGUGUGUUGGAGUUAUGCUUCUGGUCCCUCAGUGAUGCUCAACACUGGGACUGAGUUGCUGUCCCUUCUGCUGACAGGACCCUACCUCUAAGCAAAGCAGUGGGCUUUGAAAGCAUCAAUCCCUGUCUCCAUCAGCUGUGAGAGGGCUGAGGGCGCUGAUGCAGGAAGAGCCUGUGGGAAGAAGGGGAAGGUGCUUUCUUUGUAUGCUGGCUGCUUUUUAGGGCUGUAGAAGAUUGGAUUUUGUUUUCCUUUUUGUCAAGACUUUUGGCUUUGAGAGAAAAAACUUACUUUAAAAGGGCUUUUUAAAAACUUAAAAGAGUAUCCUAGUUUUUCAGACAAUAUAUUCUCUUAUUUCUAAGACUAAAUUGAGAGAUUGUGUGCAUCUAGAAUCAAGCACUAGUGAAAAAAAUGAGAACUUGGUGUUUUGCAGUUCCCUCCCUCCUACCCCUUCCAGCAUUUCCGGAAUAGAUGAGUUGCUCUUUCUUUGCUGGCUCACUUAGUACAUUCCUGGGACAGCCUAUGCACCCAGGCUUUUUAUUGUUUUUAAACAUUAUUGUUCUUACUAAGAGGUGCCUUCCUAGAAUGAUAGCCGCUUAGUAAAAUAGCUUAUAACUAUUACAUACGACACAGCCACUCCAUUUGAUACGCAUGUGCUGAGAGCUUGACAAUGGAGGGAUGGCAGGUUUUGUAUGAGGAAUAAAUUCUGAGCCUCUCCGAGUGGGGGCUAAAGGACAAAUGAAUAAAACACUCUUGGAUUUUUUUAGCCAUUGCAAGUAACCCUUUCACUCAGUUUUCUUUGAACUGUGUCUCAGAGUUCUGUUCCAUUCAGCUUUGCACGCUCCCUGUCUACCCGGGAGGAUGGUCAGCAGUCCAGACUGUAUGCUAAGAUAUGUGAGACGCAGAAGCCGCAUUCGCUGCUUCCCCUCCAAGGCAGUAGGUGAAAGAAGCUCUUCCUCUGCAAGAAUGACGCUAACUUCCUGCUUGGGACUGGCCCAGCAGCUGAGAAGGACCCGCAGGAAGAAACUCCACUUAGAACCCAGUGCUCUCCCCCUUUUGCUGGCUCCUUUUGCCAUUCAUAAGGUCUGGUGGUUUGGGCUGUGAGUGCCAUAAUGAUUUGAAUGUUUAUUUCAGCCUUUGUCACAUCCCUGUGAUCCUUUAGCAUUUAAAUCCAGCUUCUUUUGGCUUUUCUCCAUAUGUUCAUCAAGCUUAUAUUUUAAAUGAUAAGACCAUGUUUCUCCCUCUGUAAGUGAAUUAUAAACAUUUUCACCACAUCAUAACAAUACUCAGGCUUUUGGGACUGACUCUUGUUAGCAGAGGUGUCCCUGGGUUCCAUUCUCUGAGAAUGUCAGGGGUCUGAGAGAAAAUGAAUUUCCAUGAAAUAGCAGGGCAUGCACCCCUCUGUCUUCCGGUGUGUGCGUCAUUAAGCUAAUUGUCUCCCCUUCCUAAGGAAUCAUACUAGUUUUAUGAUUUGUUCUGCAUGUAUCAUGUUUAUUAUAGAAAUGUUUAUAUAAUCAUGCUUUCUGUAUCAGGGAAAAUCAUAUCUGUUUAAUACAUUGGCUAUAACUUUAAAUAUCUGUGGACAACUUGUAAAAUUUGGAAUGUAUCAUAUGUAAAAAGUUUAAAGAUACCCAAAUAAAUGCUUUAGGUGUUAUUACUUUG